GUCGGCGCGCGGCGCGGCUGGGCGCUAAGAUGGCGGCGGCGUGAGUUGCAUGUUGUGUGAGGUUCCCGGGGCCGCCGCGUCGCUCGGGCCUCGCCAUGGCCGUCACCAUCACGCUCAAAACGCUGCAGCAGCAGACCUUCAAGAUCCGCAUGGAGCCUGACGAGACGGUGAAGGUACUAAAGGAGAAGAUAGAAGCCGAGAAGGGUCGUGAUGCCUUCCCGGUGGCUGGACAGAAGCUCAUCUAUGCCGGCAAAAUCCUGAGUGAUGAUGUCCCCAUCAGGGACUAUCGCAUCGACGAGAAGAACUUUGUGGUCGUCAUGGUGACCAAGGCCAAAGCUGGCUCAGGCACCUCAGCACCCCCAGAGGCCUCACCCACUGCUGCUCCGGAGUCCUCCACAAGUUUUCCACCAGCCCCUGCCUCCGGCAUGUCCCACCCUCCACCGACUACCAGAGAGGACAAGAGCCCUUCGGAGGAAUCAGUCCUCACCACAUCCCCGGAGUCUGUUUCAGGCUCUGUUCCCUCUUCAGGUAGCAGCGGGCGAGAGGAAGAUGCGGCCUCCACACUAGUGACUGGCUCUGAGUAUGAAACGAUGCUGACAGAGAUCAUGUCCAUGGGUUACGAGCGGGAGCGGGUCGUGGCUGCCCUCAGAGCCAGCUACAACAACCCCCACCGAGCUGUGGAGUAUCUGCUCACGGGAAUUCCUGGGAGCCCUGAACCAGAGCACGGCUCCGUCCAGGAGAGCCAGGUGUCGGAGCAGCCGGCCACAGAAGCAGCAGGAGAGAACCCCCUGGAGUUCCUGCGGGACCAGCCCCAGUUCCAGAACAUGCGGCAGGUGAUUCAGCAGAACCCGGCACUGCUGCCCGCCCUGCUCCAGCAGCUAGGCCAGGAGAACCCUCAGCUCUUGCAGCAAAUUAGCCGGCACCAGGAGCAGUUCAUCCAGAUGCUGAAUGAGCCCCCCGGGGAGCUGGCUGACAUCUCAGAUGUGGAGGGCGAGGCGGGCGCCAUAGGCGAGGAUGCCCCGCAGAUGAACUACAUCCAGGUCACGCCGCAGGAGAAGGAGGCCAUAGAGCGGUUGAAGGCCCUGGGCUUCCCAGAGAGCCUGGUGAUCCAGGCCUACUUCGCCUGUGAGAAAAAUGAGAACUUGGCUGCCAACUUCCUCCUGAGUCAGAACUUUGACGACGAGUGACGCGGGGAGGCCAGGCCACCCACCGCCCCGUCCCACCCCCGCUCCACAAAAGUUUUAUAAAAGAAAAAAGUAUAUAUAUAUAUUCAUGUUUAUUUAAGAAAUGGAAAAAAAAAUCAAAAACCAUUUUAAAAAAAUAAUAAAACACACACAUACCCCAACUUUCUGCCCUCCUAAAGCGGCCCCCACUCCUCUCACAGCCUAAGAAGACCUGGGCCCGACAGCUGUCCCCUACUCCCCGCAUGAAGGAGCUGGCAGGACCGGGAGGUGACAGAUGGGCCCCUCUUGGCCUCCGUCCCAGCUCCCCGCAGCCAGAUGGAGAGGCAGCUGCGUGCCGCCUCAGCUCCCCGAAGAGCCCCUGAGACCUCCCCCUGGCCUCCUCCAGGCUGAGUGGGAAGCUGGAACCCCCAAAACUUUGAUCCUCCAUUGAACUGGCCCAGAUUAGUCUACCUGGGGCGGGUGCUUGGGGUCCCCACGCUGGCCUCUGCCUGCCUUCAGCUCGCAUUUGCUGGAACAGGGAGGUCCAGAUUGUUCUGCCUGGGGAAGGGUUAACACCGGGGCCCUCUGGAGGCUGAGCCCACCUUUUCCCCCCAGAAUGAGACUGUCUCUAUGAUAAAGGUUUUGAAGUGAAUAAAGUUUUAAAAACUA